AUGUCUAGCUUAUUUGACGCUAUCCUCCAGUCUGAACUGGGCUCCAAUACUGGAGCCAGAGAAAGGUCAUUCCCAUCCUCAGACCACCCCCCAAGUUCUCGACCUCACGCACCGUCAGAGAGCAAUGGCCUUAUGAGCGAGGCUGAAGGGUUUGCCGAUGAUCAAGUGGUUGGCCCUGGAGGUUCAUUACCCAGACGCCCAAGACAUCCGCUCUACGGAAGAGGUCCCCCACCUGUCCAAGACCUUGCUGGUGAAAAGGUGCAGCAGGCUUUCGAAGAGCUAUUGGAAACACAUGUUGAAGAGCCCUCACUCUCUGGCGUACCCCCGUCAUCCGAAAUACUUAGCGAUAAAUACUAUAUUGCCCAAAUCCACGGUUUACAGCGAUACCAACUUUCGACUCUCUACGUUGAUUUUACCCACUUGACUUCCCUCCCGAACCGGGUUCUGGCGGAAGCCAUUGCCAAUCAGUAUUACCGAUUCCAGCCCUACCUGACUAGAGCUCUUCACAACCUCAUUGCGAAAUAUGAGCCUCAAUAUUUCAGAGAACACAGGCAGAUUAACAGCACGUCGUCCCAAGCCAGCACCUCAGCCUUAGCGGUCGACAGCACCGAACCUGACUCACUGGCGGAAAAGACAAGACAUCAACAAACGGAUAAAGUGUUUUCAUUGGCAUUUUAUAACCUACCAUUGGUGUCGAGACUGCGACAACUCCGAACUGACCAGAUAGGCAAAUUGUUGUCAAUAUCUGGAACGGUAACUCGAACUUCUGAAGUGCGUCCCGAACUUGCCCUAGGUACUUUUAUUUGCGAAAAUUGUAGCACUGCCGUUGAGGAAGUCGAGCAAACAUUCAAAUAUACCGAACCGUCGCAAUGUCCGAAUCCAACUUGUGGGAACCGCAUCGGUUGGCGGUUGGAUAUCCGUCAGAGCACGUUUGUCGAUUGGCAGAAAGUGAAAUUGCAGGAAUCAUCCCAUGAAAUCCCAACUGGCAGCAUGCCACGUACCAUGGAUAUUAUCUUACGAGGAGAGAUGGUUGACCGAGCUAAGGCAGGAGAGAGGUGUAUAUUCACUGGCACACUCAUUGCCGUACCGGACGUUAGCCAGCUUGGUCUCCCUGGAGUCCGACCAGAAGCAACUCGAGACAAUGGGGACUUUCGCGGUAACGAUGUUGGCGGAAGUGGUGUGAGUGGCUUGAAAUCACUGGGAGUUCGAGACCUUACAUACCGUCUCGCAUUCCUUGCCUGCAUGGUAACUCCCGAUCUUACCACGCCCGGCCACCCAACCUCCCAGCAAUUGAAUGGCCAGUCGCAAAACAUUCUUGCAUCCUUGAACCAAACCGACCAGCUAGAGGACUACGAAGAUCAGGCGCAAGACCGUCUUCUCCAAACACUUACGCCCUACGAAGUACAAGAUCUUAAGCAAUUGGUGCAUUCCGAAUACAUAUAUUCUAGGCUAGUGGACUCGAUUGCUCCCAUGAUUUAUGGCCAUCGAGCUAUUAAAAAGGGGUUACUACUGCAACUAAUAGGAGGAGUGUCGAAGAUAACGGAACAGGAAAGCAUGAAAAUCCGUGGAGAUAUCAACAUAUGCAUCGUUGGAGACCCAUCCACGAGUAAAAGUCAAUUUUUGAAGUAUAUCUGUUCACUCAAUCCUCGAGCCGUCUACACUAGCGGAAAAGCUUCCUCUGCCGCCGGCUUAACUGCUUCAGUCGUCAAAGACCCGGAAACUGGUGAAUUUACGAUAGAAGCUGGAGCUUUGAUGCUUGCAAAUGGUGGAGGCAUUUGCGCCAUCGAUGAGUUUGACAAGAUGGAUAUUAGUGACCAAGUCGCGAUCCACGAAGCAAUGGAACAGCAAACCAUCUCCAUUGCCAAAGCCGGUAUUCAUACCACGCUUAAUGCGCGCGCCAGUAUUCUUGCUGCUGCAAACCCUGUUGGUGGACGAUAUAACCCCAAAACCACUCUGCGGGCAAAUCUUAACUUCAGCGCCCCCAUCAUGAGUCGCUUUGAUCUCUUCUUUGUCAUCCGGGAUGAACCAAACGAAGCUGUGGAUAGAAAUCUUGCAGAACACAUUGUCAAUGUUCACAUGAAUCGCGACGCUGCGAUAGAGCCUGAUCUCACUACCGAGCAGCUGCAGCGGUAUAUCAGAUUUGCUCGAACUUUCCAUCCUGUAUUCACUCCAGAAGCUAAGGCAUUGCUUGUGGAGAAAUACAAGGAACUGCGUGCAAAUGAUGCACAAGGCGGAUUGGGAAGGAGUAGUUAUCGAAUUACAGUCAGACAAUUGGAAAGCUUGAUCCGGUUGUCCGAGGCCGUCGCAAAGGCUAACUGUGUGGAAGAAAUCGUUCCUAACUUUGUCCGCGAAGCGUAUGACCUCCUUCGACAGAGCAUCGUAACAGUUGAGAAAGAUGACGUGGAAGUCGACGAUGAAGCCGAUAACCAAGAAGAUGGAGCUCAACAUGACAGAGAUGGGGAUAGUCCAAUGCGUACAGGCGACGACGAUGAUUAUGUCAAUGGCCCUGGGGCCACUUCUCAGCAGCCCCAAACCCAGAAGACCAAGAUUACAUACGACAAAUAUAUGCGGAUUCUUAAUAUUCUUGUCCGUAGAGUAAACGACGAUGAGGCCAAUGCGGGAGAAGGUGUCGAGCAGGAGGACCUGAUAGUCUGGUAUCUAGAGCAAAUUGAAUCUGAGCUGAAUAGCGAAGAGGAGAUGGAGGCUGAGAGGGCCUUGGCCGUUAAAGUUCUCAAGAGGAUGGUUAAGGAUAAUAUUCUCAUGGUCAUUCGAGGUGAGGGGCUUGUCGAGUCCGAUGACCAACAACGACAAGAUGAACAAAGGGUCGUAUACGUGUUACACCCUAACUGUGCGAUUGAGGAGAUGUAA